AUGUCAAUACAAAAUAAGAUUAAAAUUUUAGCUCCUGAGCCAAUAACAUUAUUACAAAAUGAAGAAAAUAAUGAAUUGCAAAUAUCAUCUCUCUCAGGAAUACCAAGAAGAAAGCAUAGGGCUAAUAGUUCUGUGAAUGAUAAUUUCAAUUUUUCAAAAAUCAAUGUUACAGAUUGCACUAUUCUUAAAGGUGAUAAUAAUUCAAGAUUUGCAAUGUGGAAAAUUACUAUAGUUUUACAACCAAGUGAAAUGUUAAUUGAGAGAACUAAAAAUGCACAAGUUGCAUGUCCACAAGUUCAAACAUUUAAGAGAUAUUCAGAUUUUGUUAUAUUUCGAAAUAAAAUUGUGAGUAAGAUAAUGAAUAAUGGUGAAACUCCAGAAAAUAUAUUAUUAUUAUCAAAAAUUCCGAAACUGCCGCCGAAGAUUCCUUGGUAUGAAAUAUGGCAAUAUCAAAAGGCUAAUUAUAAUAAGAAAUGGUUAAUAGAGAGAAGAAUAGGGUUAGAAAAUUUCUUAAAUGGUAUAAUGCUAAACCAAAAUAUUGUUCAAAUAUGCCGAUCAGAGAUAUUACGCUUCUUAGAAGAUCCAGCACCUGAAUCAACUUAA